UUGACCCCACAGCCAAAGUUCACACUUUCCCAUUUCCACACAAAAUUCACUCAUAAAAUGCCAUGUCUCCACUCAAACUCUCCACUGCCUAAACCUUGAGCUUAGUUUAGAAUCUCUCUCUGUUUUUCUAAGUUGGGAAGAGAGAUGAGUUUUGUUCUCAUUAGGAGGCCAAAUGGAUACUCCAAGGUUGAUAAAGAAGAUCCAGAAGAGAUAAUUCAUCGAAGAGCACAGUUUCUUAUCAACAAAGUGUUGGAAAGAGCAGAUUCGAUGGGGAAACCUUCGUAUCUGAGAAUUAGAAUUCGAAGGCUUAAGGUUAGAUUUGGGAGGAGAUUGAAGAAGCUAAAGAAGAGUGCAAUGGCAAGUAUUUCAACUCUCAAGAUUGGUGUUUACAAGCAAGUCAUUUCUCAGAUCAGAAAUUGCAAGUCUCUGUUUGGCCCAAAACAAACUCAUUUUCCCAAUUUUCCUCUGUUGUUAUCAUCUUGACGAGCACUCACCAUAGUUUCUUCAGUCAAAUCAUUGGGAAAAUGAUUUCUGUUUUUCCUUGGAGCUUUAAUUUUCUUCACAAGCUUUGUUAUAUGAAAGAAAAAUUUAUAAGCAUUUCUUUGGGUGGUGGCGGUAUUUUAU